AUGGAAAUAAUGUGUUCCACUCCGAGUUCACGAUCAAAUUCUAUGCCGAAAUUAUUCCGUCGUCGUUCAAUAGCGGCAACGUCGGGCGUCGGAGAAAGUCUCUAUGGAGACGAUUUAGAAUGGGAUAGAUCCGAUUUCGCACGAAAUCUACCUGAAUCGGAUGCAUUGUCAACUUAUGACGUCAAUGAAAUGGCGGAGAUUUUACGAAAUCGCUUUUUGGAGUUCGAUAUGACAUCGCAAGCGGGUGGUGGACGAUAUACUCCAUCGCGUCAAUCGUCGAUGAUCAGCGAGGCUCUAACACCAAUGACCAAUUAUGAUUUCACUAUAGAAGAAUUCUUAAAGAACAAUUUCACCAGUCCAAAAAUUGCUUUUGAUAUUGAAUCACUGUGUGAAAAUCAAAUACUCGAUCGUCCAUUUCAUCGAAGUCUAUCUGAUCUGACCGUAAAAACUCCGGAAAGAACUGUUCUCCUCUCCAAACAUCUCUCCUUAAUGGAUAUCACAUCAAUUGAAUGGACUUUUCUGAAACAUGCAACCCCUCGUGCAUUUCUCCUGGCCAAAGCCAAUCAUCGAACAUCAUUUAGUCAUUUACCUCGAUCAUUGGAAUCAUUUCCCGAACCAUUUUUAACAGAUACGAAAACAAGUUUGAACUAUUCACGUUUGUCUCGUUUAGCAAUGAUUCGUCUCUACAUGAGCAAAUUACGCGAAAAAGUUUGCGAGUUUGUUAUGCAAACAAUUCAACCGACAAAGCCAACGCCAAUGCCAGUUAUUACCGAAGAAACCAUCGAUACUUACGAUAUUAUCGGAGAAUGA